AUGAGUAGCAUAAAGGGAAGAGAGAAGUCUGAAGAGGAUAAAAAGAAAGACGAAACUUAUGAAAAGAAGGAAGAAGAAAGCUCGAAAAGUACUUCUAAUUAUCCAAAAAAAGAAAUUCUUUCCAAAUCAUUGCAGGCGCAAGGUUCUUCAAGUAAUCCUGAAAUUGAGAUGAAAAGCAGAAAUCAAAUUUUAUCAUCUUUUACAGAUAUAGAUAGCACAGACUCCUUGCCUAAUCAAAUUUCUCCAGAAAGCAUCAGUUCUUUGCAAAAAUUUAACUAUGUCUAUGCUUUGUGCAAUCUUAACUCUAAAAAUCUCACAAAUUGUUCUCUAGUUUUUACAAGGGAAAAUAAAGGAAACUGUGAAAAAUUCUAUAUGCAUAAUGGCUAUUAUGAAAAAUUUAGCCCAAAUAUAAAAAUAUUUACUAUCCCUUUUUUGCCUCGGGAUAGGUGGGAUGGACGUAUCAAGAUAACGCUUUUUUCAGAAGAUCCAAAAAAUAAAGAUAUAAAAGUAAACGUGCCAAUUAUUGAUCCUAUAAGAACAUUGAAUAUACAUUUCCAACAUAUUUUCUUGUUUGGUUUAAAAGUAGCUUCUAAGCCUAGUAAGAAGUCAAAAACCAUCCCUAUUGACAAAUUUCAAACUGAUCCACUGCAAGAGUUAUCAAUUUAUACUGAUUUUUUAUUAAGAAAUCAGGACUGAGAGAGAAGAAUUCCUAUGCUUAUCGAACAAUUUAGAGCACAAUAUAUAAUUGAGAUAACUGCUUUUUGAGAAAACGCAAGCAUCUUCUUUAGAAUAGUGGAAGAAUUUAUAAGCGAAAACCCUUCUUUAUCAGCAGAUCAGCUGCAUAUCUUGAUCUCUUUGAUUUCAUGUGUUCCUCAUUCAAUGAUACAAUACAAAGAAGUCAAUUUCUGUCAAUCUUCUAUCUUAUUACAAAACUCAGAAAACAUGCAAAAUUUGGCAUCUAGUCCUCAUUCAUUAGAAGGAUUAGUCCAUUUAAUGAUAUUCAACAUUAAAGAAAAAAGAGAAGAUUGGAUGAGCAUUCUUAAUUACGAUUUGAAUGAUUUUUUGAAAUUUUCUAUAUUGAAUCAUUUUUUAGCAGACUUGCGUUUAUUUAAAAUUUAUUUAAGACUAGAAGAAAAAGCAUUUAUUCUUGAAAAAAUUAGUCUUUAUAAAUUUGAAGAGUUUUUAAAGCUUUUCAGACAUUUAGCACUUUCAAAUUGGAAUUUGAAUUGUGAGGAUUUUUUGAGUAAUUUACAAAAUAUUAUUUUGAAAAAUGAUUCAGAUGGCCAAAUAAGUGAAUGCUGGAAAUUGCUUUUUGAGUUCUGUCAGACCUAUAUAGUGUCUAUGAACGAUGUCAUUGAUUUUUUUAAGGCUGUUUCUGGUUUGGAUCAGCGAUUUAAAUGCUUAACAUAUAUAGACAAUAUAAAAUCCAUUAUAUGAAAUGUUAUAAACCAAAGUAAUGAGAAAAAAGAAGCUAGGAUGAAAUCAUAUCAUUUGAUAUUCAAAACGUACUCUGAUCCAUUUUUUUCUGACUAUGAUUAUGCAGUUGUGCUAUCUGAAAAGCUUAUGAAAGAUUUUAAUACUCCGCUUUAUGAAAUUUGAAAUGUUUUUGGCUUUAAAACAUCUUUGAUUAAACUUCUUGAUAAAUGGGCAGAAAGCAUUGCACUGAAAGACUUAAAACUAAAUGAGAUUAUUUACCAAUUUACGAAAGAAACUCUUUUGAUCAAGGACAAAGAAAAUUUAGGUACUAUUUGUGAAGUCUUGAUAGAAAAGCUCUUAUCAAUAUGCGAAAAAAGAAAAAUCGAAUUUUUAGACUGUGCAAGAUAUAUCGAUGACUCUAAAAAUGAUUUAUUAAAUGUAGUUUAUAUAAAAGCAGAAUUGGAGUAUGAAAAUAAAAAAAUUAUGGAUAAUAAGAUUUCUGUUAGCCAUCAAAAGUAUAUAGUACUGGAAAAAUUUUUCAAGCGCCACAUGAAAUAUCCGACAAAUAAAAUUCUUAGCACUCUUAUAGAUAAUCAACUCUCCUCUACAGAAUUUGAAUAUACAGAAUCCGAAUUAAAUACUGCUUUAUUUGAAAAACCUGAAAAGCAAAUUAUAUGAAGCUCUAUUUUGAGCUCUUAUGAGUACUAUGAGCCAUUAAUAUAUUCGCAGUUCCUAAUACGUAAGUUAUCUGAAAUAGGAAAUAAGCUGCUUGAAGAAAAUAUUGAAUUACACCAAAUUGAUAUUAUUAAAAUCCAAACAGCAAGCCAGAGAGCUGCUAUGAUAAAUUUGUUAGAAAAAUCUUUUAAAUUUUUUAUUAGAAGAGAUCAAGACUUUUCAUUUAUCAUAGAAAAUAUUAUAACAAAAAGAAAUUUAAUAGAGAAAGAAUUUGAAUCUUUUGCUAAAUUUACUAAUCAUUUCCAAAAUAUAAUCGAAGAAUAUGAAAAUAUAGAAAAUGCAUGCAAUGCUUUUAAAGUGGAAUAUACAAAUACUCAGCUUGCUAGCUUUUCAUUUCCAAACGAGAUGAUAUUAAUUAUUGGAGUCUCAUGAAAAAUUGGUCCAGCAAUUGACUCAUUUAUAUUCAAUAAUUAUUAUCUCGCCAAGUACAAAUCUUUACUAUUGCCGUCCUCUUCAAUUAAAAUUAUAGUAUCAACAUGUGAAGAUGCCCAUCAGAAAAUGAUCAAUAAUUUAACUGAAUUAUUUAGAGAUACUAAUGCUUAUCCUAUGAAAGAAAUUGUCAAGCUAUUUUCUAAUUUAAGGAGUAUUGAAGAUGAAAUUAUGCUUCUUAGUCUUCUUGUUCCAUUAGAUGAAGAAAAUAAAAAUAUUCUUAUAAAAUGCUUACAUAAUUACCAAGAGCACGAAACUCUUAUGAAAGCAUGCCAUGGAUUAAUGAAACUGAAAGAAAUUGCAGUAGAGGCUGAUAGAAAUGCUUUAGAAGCAUGCUCUAAAUAUAUUGAAUUUUCAUCAGAACUUGAGAACUCAAAUAUUGGGGAAUAUUUAAAUAUUUCAGAAAGAGUUCAUGAGUUGUUCGAUAGAAGUCUUUCAAGACAAAGUAAGGAUUGUAUAAUUUCCACGCUUCAAGAAAUAGGAAAAUCAAAAGAAUUAGUGCUCUUUUUGCUGGAUUUAAGAAAAGACGAGAUAGAUCAAAUAAGAGUAGGCGUGAGUAACUUUGAAAAUGAAUUUGUAGACACAAAAACUAUUUCUGAUUUAGAAAACUUAUGAUACUGCAUUGGAGAUAUUAAAAGAUCUUGCUCAAAUUUUUUUAACUUAUGCAAUUUAUUUGAAUUAAACAGAGAUGAUGGGAAAAAAUUUAUGGAAGUCCCUCAGCAGCUCCAAAUAUGCUCCCCAAAUCUUCGUGCUAUAACAGAACUGCACACAGAAGUAAACUGUAAAGAAGAAGCCAAAAAGAAGCAUAUAUCAGAAAUUUCAAAAAAUUCAAUUUUUAUCAUUAAAUUUGAAAAUGAUAAAUUUGAUAUACAUUUGCGAUAUCCAAGUAGCCAAAAAGUAUUUGAUAUAGCAACACUUAGUGAGCUUAAAAGCAGAGCUCAGCUGAUAAUGCACACUUCUCACUCCUUCGGCGACCCAGAAGAUGAAAAUCUUAAGUAUUUUCCUGUUUUCGUAGAUUAUGUCAAUUCUAUUAAUAGUAUCAUUAUUUGCAUGAAUGAUUUACACCAGAAUGGCUACCCUGAUUUAGAAAAAACAAUAGGUAGGGAAUUUCAAUGCAAUGAUGGAAAAUAUGAUACUGUAAAGGAAUAUGAAGAUGAGGUUUUGGAUUUAUUUAAAGUCUGGGAAAUUGAUUUAAGCGACGCCUAUUCUAAAUGCUAUUGACUGACAUUUUUAUGUGGAAAACAGUUUUGGACAAUUGAAGAUUAUAUUAUUGAUCCAAAUUGUGAAAAAAUGUCAGAAGCUAAAAAUAUAUUAAGAUUUAUGGGAAAACAAAGCGAAAUUCGUUAUCGGCAAGAAUAUAUUAAAGAUGGAAUGCCAGGAGAUAGACUAGUUAAAUUAGGAGAAAUUCUAAAAAAGACUGGAAACCUUGAAAGGAACACUUAUAUCUUACUCCACCCUUAUCUAUAAAAUUUCCAUUUUUGUAAUUGGCUUCCUAUCAAUAUAAGUCAAAUUUUUAUUUUAAAAUAAUAAUUACUUUGAAAUCGAUAAAUCAAUCUUUUAAUAGAGAAGUUUAGGUGAAAAAUUGAAUUCUCAAGACAAAAUUAUUUUUCUAUCAACAAAUAAAUACCUCAAUGGAAUUUUUUCUAUUUAUAAAUGCUAUACCGGUUUUUUCCCUGAAGCAUCACAGGUUUUAUUUUGCAAGAGUUCUACCUAUUGGAGAGAGCUAAAAGCUUUUUUAUACCGAUAUUUUAAAGAUCCUUAUGAUAAUUUUUACUCACUUAUUAACUGUGAAAAUCUUUCCUUGGAAAAUCAAAUUAAAUUUAAAACUCUUUUUAAUGAGCUUUUAGGAUCAGGACAUAUAAAAUCAGGGUUAGCUAUAAUUACAGCAAACUCAAAGUGUUACUUAUCUCAAUAUUUUAAAUCCUUAACUGUUCCAAAAGUAGCCAGAUUCAGUACAAAUCAAUUUUUGCAUGAUGAAGAUAUAACAAAAUUAAUCAAAAAUAUUGAUUUAAAGAGUUAUGUGAUAACUUCCUCUCACGCAGGACUUGGAAAAACAACUCAUAUGAGAUAUCAAGCAAUGACGAAUUCUCUGAAUCUAGUUACUUUUCCUAUUGGCGGUGACAUUAAUUAUUCAGAAGUAUGUGAAAUGAUUUCAAAGAUAAGUUUCGUCCCUGAGAGCUGCAUUUUGCAUUUAAACCUUAGCUACACAAGUAACCCAGCUCUUUUAAAUGAAAUUUUAAUCAAUAUUUGCCUUUUCAGGACUUUAUGCUCGUCCGAAAAUAUUUUGGUAUUAAAUCGAUUCACUCCAAUUUGGAUUGAAGCUGCAAAUACUUUUGGAAAUUCCCUUUUCAAGACUGUGGAGUAUUUAAGUUUCGUCAAUCUCUUUCAUCUUGAUCAAUUUUAUAUUAGUGAUUUAAUUGUGCCAGAAAAUAUUGAUCACCCUAUGCAGGUUGUUGGAAGAUAUUUGAGAUUAUACGAUAGCCAAUUAUUGGAUGAUGAAAAAUCGGUAGAAGAUAAGAGAAUUGUACCAUCAGAUGAAGUAAAAAGGCUGUUCUUAAGAUAUUUUAUAGAAGAACAAAGUAAAAAAGAGCAAGUCACUUAUGCACAGCUACAUAUAUUUAUAUCAAUAUUAAACAGAUUACUAAAGAAAUUUGAGAUAAGCCCUUUUUCACCUGAAAUGAUUAAGAAUUAUAAAGAUAAUUUGAAAAAGAGCGCACUUAAGUCUAUUGCUGAUGAAUAUACUCACAUGCGAACAAUGAUUUUUGAGUGAAUUUUAGAAUCAACCAAAGAAUUCACUACUAAAUGCAUAUAGUAAUUGCCCGAGGAUGGCGCUAUCUUGCGCCAUCCUCGGACAUUCAAAAAUGGCCCCACACCGGGAAUUGAACCCACGUGUGGGCCAUUUUUGGUGCGUGGAAGUCGAUGUUCUACACACACCAAAAAUGGCCCCACACGUGGGUUCAAUUCCGGUGUGGGGCCAUUUUUUUAAAUUGCCCGAGGAUGGCGCAAGAUAGCGCCAUCCUCGGGCAAUUACUAUAUCAAAUGUCAAAGAAAUCCAAGAAAAAUCUUCACUCCCCUCCUUUAAAUUGAAACAAAAUAUAGAUAAAAUUACCACUUUUUUUGUAAAUUAACCCCCUUUAAAUUCCUUUAAAUUGGAACAAAAAAAUUUAAUUUUAUAAUAAAAAAUUAUACAUAAUUUUUAUAUAAAAAGUUUUUAUAUAAGUUAAAUGUUUCUUCUUAACUAAAAUUCUAAAUUUAGUUAUAGCUUGCUCUUGUUAAAAGAAUAGAGUAUAAACAGCAUCUUAUUUAAAUAAAUUUAUUAUCCUUAAUUGCUAAAUUUUAAAAAUAAAAUUUAUUUAUUUUAAUAAAAAUGAUAUUUUUUAUUUAAAUAGUUUUGAUAUAAAUUCAAUGCGAAUUUUUUUAUAAAAUUUUAAAACUUACUUAUUUCUUGCUUUAUUUUAAAGAAUAGAGUAUAAAUAACAUCUUAUUUAAACAAAAUUAGCACUUUGAUCGAUAAAUUUUCUAAAUUUUUUUUUUUAUCAAUAAAAAAAUAAUUUUUGUGUAAAUAAUUUUGAUACCGAUUAAUAGUGGCGUAUUAAUCUAUAAUGAAAAUUUAGUUAUAUAUUGCUUUUUUUUAAAGGAUAAAGAGUAAAUAGCAUUUUAUUAAACAAAUUUAUUAAUCUAAUUGGAUAAAUUUUUGAAAAUUUUUUUUUUUUUUAUAAACAAUUUUAUAUUGAUUUUUUUUAAAAAAAAAAAUUAAUCCAUCUUUAAAUUGGAACAAAAUUUUUUGUCCCAAUUUAAAAUUUAAAGGGGGGGCGGAGUCAGAAAAAAUUUCCCAGAACGAAAUUGAUGAAUUGCAUGAAAUUUCUUCAUUAGUAUCACGAUACCAAAGUAAUAUUAAAUGGGAAUCCUCCAAUCAUUUUCAUCUGAUUUUCCUUGAUGAUGGAUCUUUUAUACCAAUUUACCGAGACCGAGACCUUGUCCCAAGAAAUUUCCAAAAACUGCUAUUUUUACAAAGCAACUACGAAAUCCCCGGGCCAGAACUAGCAAAAAUGAUAAAAAAAAAUAGAUUUAAAAUUGAUGAUUAUUCAAGCAUGACUCAUGUUCAGCUUUUAGACAAAUUAAGCAGCUAUAAUAAAGAUCGAGUAGACUUAGGAACUUUAUAUAAAAAAGAUAGCUAUGUUAUGACACCUGAUAAUUUCUUAAAAAUGAACCUUAUUUACCUUACUCCCCCCAAUCCUUGAUCGACGACUCGCCAUCGUUCGAUCAAGGAUGGGGUUAAAAAAAUUUUUUUGGAAAAAAAAUUUAUAUAUAUGUUUUUUAUAUUUACUUUUAAAUAAGAGGGUUAAGAGUUAUUUUUACAGCAAAAAAAAAAUUGAAUUAAUUUCAUAAAAUAUCAAUUUUCAAUAUUUUGAUUUAUUAGUUACCCUUUUAAACCAUAUAAAUUUUAAUUUGUUCCUUAUUGAAUUAAAAUUUUUUUUUUAAUUUUAAAGAAUCUCUAUUUUCUUUUAGAUUAUUCACCUAGGUUGAUGACUAAUCACUUCUGAUGGUUGAUUACGUAGCCUUCUGUAGUCUCAAAGCCCUGAAAACAACUUCAUUAGGCACAUCUUCCGAAGCUUUUGAUAACUAAUAUAUUUUUAUAUAUUUUUAAAAAUUUUGCAUAUGAGAAUCGGGGGGAGUUAGAGUUUAUUCAGGACUGCCAGUAAUUAUCAUGGGGGAAACUGGAUGUGGGAAAACAUCUUUGAUCCAGUUUCUCGUAAAGAAAGUACUAGGAAAACCGAUAGCUACAAAAUCUGAAGAAACUAAAAAUGAAGAGACUCAUCUUUUUGCCAAAAUAAGUAUUCAUGCAGGCAUAACAUCAGAAGAUAUAAGAAAAGAAAUGAGAAAAUUAAUAGACAGAUCCCGAAGAAUCGACUCAAAUGAGAAAUUGUGGGUAUUUUUCGACGAAUUCAACACGACUGAUUCCAUUGGUAUGAUUUGUGAAAUUAUGUGUGAAAGAACACUUGAUGGUAAUCCUUUGCCCCCAAAUAUCGCAUUUCUUGGAGCUUGUAAUCCUUAUAGAGUUUCUUCAAACAAAAACAUAUUAGAAAAUGUUGGAAUUCAAAAGGAAAGAAGAAUGCAAAAUGAGAGUAAACUUGUCCACGUAGUAAAGCCUCUCCCUGGAACAAUGAUUGAUUAUGUAUGGGAUUUCGGAACACUUACACAUGAAAAUGUAAGGAUUUAUAUAUCCACUAUGCUUGAUAAAAUUAAAUCGCAGCAUAAAGAAAUUUUUGUGAGCAUGAUUUGCCUUGCCCACAAGCAUUUUCAGGAAGAAGAAGACGUUAGCAGUGUUAGUUUAAGGGAUGUUUCGAGAUUCGUUGAUUUGUAUUUAUGGUUUAAAAAAUCCAUUUAUGAUCGGUGCACUGAGUCAGCAGAAAUAUACAGGGGAAGCAUAAGAUAUGAAGGAACCUUUAGAGAAAUUGAACUCUCAGCUGGAAUUCUUGCUUUUUCUCUUUGCUAUUACUUAAGAAUUGCCUCUCAUAUUUAUAGAGAAAAAUUUUUGCAUAAAAUUGUUGAUUCUCUUCGAAGACCUGAUUUAAUAAAUAUACAAAAAAUAAAAGAAAUCAUUGAAAUUGAGCAAAAUGAUUUUGUAUCAAGAAUGGAAUUACCAAAAGGAACAGCUUUAAAUAAUGCUUUAAAGGAAAACAUUUUUGCAGCUAUUCCAUGCAUUGUUAAUAAAAUACCUCUUUUUAUAUGUGGGAAGCCAGGAAGUAGUAAAUCUUUAUCAGUACAAUUAAUUUUUUCUAAUCUCACAGGUAAAAAAUCAAAUGAUCCUUAUUUUAGGACAUUGCCAGAACUUAAAAUGGUUCAUUUUCAAGGCUCUGAAACUUGCAAAUCUGAAUCAAUUAUUAAGGUGUUUGAAAAUGCAGAAAGAUAUCCAAAAAUAAACCAUGGGGUUUUAGCUGUAAUUGUAUUUGAUGAAAUUGGUUUAGCUGAGCUAUCAAAGCGCAAUCCUUUGAAAGUUCUUCAUAACUAUUUAGAAAAAAAAAAUAUAAAUGUUGGAUUUAUUGGAAUUUCUAACUGAAGACUAGAUGCCUCUAAAAUGAAUAGAGCGCUAUAUUUAGCUAGGCCUGAUCCUGAUGAAAAGGAUUUGGAAUUGACUGCAUUAAGUAUUUAUAAAUCAUACACUGAAAAUAAAACUUACGAGCAUGUUAUUUCUAAGCUUACUAUGGCUUAUGCAGGACUUAAAAAUCAAACUAAAGAAACAGAAAUUGCAAAUUUUUAUGGAUUACGAGACUUUUACCAUUUAAUUAAAAAUGUCUCAUUAAAUUUAUCUAAAAAAGACGUGAGUACAAGUCAAUAUACUCUUAAAUGUGUAAAAACUGCAAUUGAAAGAAAUUUUGGAGGGACAAGACACGGAACUGCUAUUAUGUGCUCUUUAUUUAAUGAGUACUACAAAAUUAAUUUACCUGAGACAAAUGCAAGAACUCUAGAUUUAAUAAAGGAUAAUUUAAAUGACCCAAACGCAAGAUAUUUGAUGCUAAUUGGCAAACCUGAUAUAGCUACUUUUAUUUUGGAUAAAUAUUUGGAUAAGCUUAACGAUAGGAGGAUACUAGUGGGUAGUAGUUUGCCGAAUGAUCUAAAUCAGGAUAAUUAUGGUGUUGAGUCUUUAAAUGAUAUUAUAAUUUAUAUGGAGCUUGGGAUAUCUAUUGUUUUGAAAGACUUGGACCAUAUUUAUAGCUCACUUUACGAUUUAUUUAACCAGAAUUUUUCAAUACAAGGAUCACGAAAAUAUUGCAAUAUUUCAAUUGAAGAUAACUUUACCCCAAGAUGCUAUGUUAAUCAAAAUUUCCACGCAAUUGCACUGAUAAGUCCAAGUGAUGUUGCUAAGACAGAUGCUCCUUUUCUAAAUAGAUUUGAAAAGCAUUAUUUAUCUAUUGAUAAGCUACUUAAUGACAAACAAAUUGAUUUAUUAGAAAAACUUGAAAGCUGGAUUGAUUCAUUUUUUACAAUUAAUGAUCAAGAAAUAGUAAGUCUCACAAAAAAUCAUUUGUUCCCUAUUUACAGCAGUGAUACAUUAGCAUUGCUUAUACUUUUCAAUAGCCAAGGAAAAAAGAAGCAUACUUUAGAAAAAUGUGGAGAGAUUCUUUUAGAAAUCGCCCCUUCUGAUAUCUUAAUAUUGCUAGAGCUAAUUUCGAUAGACCCAGGCAUCAAAGAAAACAUAAAAAAUACCUGGAAAAAGCUCCACGAGAUCAACUUCCAAGAUACAAUCAAAUCAAUGAUAGAUGAUAAAAGCGAUUUUGAUAAAUUGAUUGCUUUUACUUAUGAUAAAAAAAUUUCAGAAAAAAUUUUCAAUACAAAUGAUGAUGAAAAAAUCAUAAUUAAAGAGAUGGUUAUGUAUAGCUCAAAGAAAGAUUUAACAAAAGAACUAAAAUCUUUUUAUAAAAGUGAAGAAAAAAAUGUUUUCGUUCUGGAAGUUGAUUUUGGGGAAGAGUGCAAUCAUCUCCCACUUGUGAAAUUUUUGAUCGAUAAAUUAAAUAUACAUUCAGAGCAGGUAUGGCUCGACCUGAAACUCCCCCUCACCCUGACGGUUUCAGUUUGAACGAAAUUGUUAAUUUAAAAUGACAAGUCAAAUUCAAUUUGUAGAUUUCAAUAAAGCUGAAACCGUCAAGGGAGGGGGGGAGGGGAGGGGGGUCUCAGGUUGAUCUAAAACCGUGCUCACAGUAUACAGAAAAUCCUUCAUUGAAAAAGAAAUUUUGUAUAGUUAUUCAUAUUAAGAGAAAUAUAAAAUACAGCUCAAAUAUGAUGAUAUUUGAGUGAUGGAAAAUGAAAAUGUUUGAUUGCUUAACUACUUGUCCAUUUGAAAUUACAGACGAAAUCAUAUUAUCAAAUAGCAAAUCAUUAAUAAUGUCUGACCAUAUUUUCGAUUUUUCAAAAGAAAUUGAGUAUUUAGUAGAAAAAUGCAUGCUUUCGUUUAAAGUUGAGAUUAAUGCAGGUAAAAGCUAUGAAUUUAAUAAUUAUAUCACAAAUACUGUUAAGACGAUUGGAACUGAUCCUGAUAUUUCUGCCCAUUUUAAAGAUAAAAUAUGGAAAUAUUUGAAAACUGUCAAUAUCAAGCAAGACUGAAGAAUAGAAAUAUUUUUAAACCCGAAACUUAUUGACGAUUCUGCAAAUCUUUAUGAAGCCAUUAGCAAGUCAUUAGGGAUGGAAAUAGAGAGCGCUCUUCAGCUGAUUAUUUAUGUUCUUGAGGAGAAAAGUGCUCUUUUAAGCUAUGUGCAGCCUUUUAUUAAGCCUUAUUGCAAAUUCAAUGAUUUAAGAAAACAGAUAUGGCUUGAUAUUUUUAAAAGCAUGACAAUAGACAAUAAUAUCGGACUACAAAAAUUAAACCAAGGAAACCUGUUAAAAUAUGAGUAUGAGCUAUAUUUCCCGUUUUCAAGAAUGGACUAUAAAGCUGUUAUUGCUGCUUUUAACUUAUAUAAAAUUUCUGAAGUGAAUAAUAAUCCUAUUCAAACUUCUUUUGAAAAAUUUACUGACUCCUCUGUGAGCGACAAAACCAUUGGAAAAAUCGCUAUUUUUUGCCCAAAGCCCACCCUCCUUUAGCGAACAAACAUUUUUUAUUAAAAAAAAAAUUGAUAUAUAAAUGAAAUUUAUUAUAAUGAAAUCUCUUGUUAAUUUUGAUUAAUUUUUUUAAUAGCUUGCGUUUUGAAAUAUAAAAUUCGCAAAUUAAAAUAAUUUUUCUUUUCAUUUUUACAAAUUGGAAAAAAUUUUAAAUUUUAAAAAAAAAAAUUCUCUCGAAUUUAUAUAUAAUUUUUUUUUAAAAAACAAAAAUUAACCCUCCUCUUGAGCGAACAAAAUUUUUUGUUCGCUUAUGGAGGGGAGGAGUGAAGAAUAUCAUAAAUUCUCUAUAUAUAAAGAAAAAAUAGAUUUCAAUAUAGAGCAUUCUGAGCUCCAGGAUCUUUAUUUUAAUGACCUUAUCUCAAUCUAUCUGAAGGAAAAUUUACUGAGUUUAGAUCAUAAGAAAAUGAUUUCAAUUUUGCUUAAAAUAAUCUUCUAUGAUGAUGACUCAUUUGAGAAAAAAUUAAUAUCAUUCAUGCAAAUUGAAGAGCUUGGAGUCUUAUUGUGUCAUGCGAUAGAUGUUAUGCCAGACCUGUCGGGUGAAGUAGUUAGUAUUUUGGAAAAUAUUUUGCUUGCUUCCACCUUUAAGAGCGGCCAAACCAAUGGAAGAUGCUAAUUUUCGGAAAUUAAGGUCCAAUAAAAAUAUUUUUAUAUAUUUAAUAAUUGUUAUAACGAAAAUUCUGACUAAAUAGAUUAAAUUUUAAAUAAAUGAAGAUCCUUAAGCAUAGAUUUUAUAAAUUAAAUUAUUCUUUUUGAAAUAUUUAUUUUUUCAAAAUCUAAAAGAUAUCUAAUUUUAAUAUAAAUAUUUUAAAUAAACCUUUAAGAUAAGCCGAAAAUUUUGUUCAUUUUUAAUAUGAGGAUUUAAUAUAGAUUCUUUUCCUAUGGAUCAAGAAGAAAAUGAGGAUGAAAAUCAACAAAAAUGGAAAAUUGCAUUAAAUUUAGUCUAUAAAAAGUUAAUAUGCGAAAUGAGACCUCACUUAGAUAAUAAUCUAGAAUUUGAUGUUCUGGAAUAUUCAAUAAAAGCUGAAAAUUUAUAUUAUUUACUGACUGAAAUAGAGCUGAAAGAAGAUAUUUCUAUAGAUACUCUGGAUAUCCUUGAAUUUUGGGUUUCAUAUAGUAAAUUAAUUGGAAAAAGUGAUGAAAAUAAAGUGGAUAUAUUAAAUAUUUUGAACCAGAUAAAAGCAAUAGACUUAAAUUAACUCAAAUUACUGAUAGAGACCUUCUAUACAGGCUUGCAGAAACUAUUCGCCUCAUAGAACGAUCCACAGCUUGCUUGCCAGUCAGUACACUGCUUUACACUGUUUUGCUCCUGAUGGACGACGGAUUGCCUAGCUGCUCGAGAGUCAGAGAUACUGGGUCACCAUGCUGUGCAUCAGCUGUUUAGUCCAGAAAAUUUGUGAUUAAAAAAGAGCUCGAAGCCAAGAAUGUAAGGCCUAUCGCACUAGAAAAUUUUGCACGAUUGGCCAAGUAACGCUCUCUGGCCUUUCUAGGCAUCUCCUUUUAACUCAGACGAACCAUUUCCUCACAAUAUAUGAGCAUGCAUUCAGCGAGUUCUACACUGCGCUCAAAAAAAGUCAAAGGAAAGCCCGAACGCUGCUCUCCCUUUCAAAAGUUCCCCUACUUUUCCAAUGAAUCUACGGCUACAGGUGCUAAGAGGGCAUCACGCUAUUUAAUCUAUAAUAUCAAUAGGCAAUAAAGAAGAAGAUACAUUUUUAUAUAAUGAAAAUUUUGCACGUUAUAUUCUUGAAAAUGUGAAAAAUCAUUAUAGAAACUCCUUGCAAUAUCACAAAUUUAUGAGCUCUUUCCUUAAGCUUCAGAUUAAUAUAGAUCCACAAUAUAUAGUAAAUAUUGCUGAGGAGCUCGAAAAUGAAGAAUUUUGACAAUUUUCAACAAAAAUUAUGAAUAUUAUUGAAGAUAAAUCGGAAAUUGAGAAUUCAAUGCACGAAUUAAGAAAAAAUAUCUUAUUCCAUUCUCUAUGAGCGAAGAAAAAAAUAUUUUGUUUCAUUUGGAGAAGAUUAAUUUUUUUUUUUAAAAAAGCUAUAUUUUAUAUUUAAAAAUUCCAAUUUAAAACAAAUAUUAAUUUAAUUUAUAUUUUAUAACAUAAUUAGAUAGAGAAUUAUCACUUAUAUAUAAAAAAUAUUUUUAAUUAAAAUUUUUUGUUCGUGCAUGAUGGGUGGGCUUUUACCCAAAACUAGGGGAGUUAAAUAAUUUUAAUGCCGAUUUUGAGCUGGAAAAUAAUGAUUACUUAGAAGGCAUUGAAAAAGUUCUGGAAAAUAAAGGAAUCUGUAGUAAAUUUGGUAUAAUUUUUGGUGAUAGCUUACUCCCCCCCCCCUCCGUGAGUGAAAAAAAAAAAUUUUGUUCACUCACGGAGGGGGUUUUUUAAAAAAAUUUAUAUAUAAAUUUUAUAAAAAAUUUUUUUUUUUCGAAAUUUAAAAAAUCCUAAUUCGCAAAAAUUGGAAAGCAAAUAUUAAUUUAAUUUAUAAAAUUUAUGUUUUAAAAAAGCAAUUCGUUUAAAAUUAAACAGAAUUAGCUCUAGAUUUCAUUAUACUAAUUAUCAUUUAUAUAUCAAAAAUUUUUUUCUAUAAUUUUUUUUUCUAUUAAAAAAAUUUUUGUUCACUCACGGAGGGUGGGUUUUGGGCAAAAAAUAGCGAUUUUUCUAAUGGUUUUGUUCACUCACGGAGGGGGGGGAGUUAGAAAAAUUGCUUAAAAGUGAAGAAAAUAACAAAUUUUAUAAAGAAGGGCUUAGAGACUUUACUUUCUUUGAAUAUUUUUUAAACAAAGCGCGUUAUGAUGAGAUCAAUUUGCCAAGAAUAAAAAAACUAAUCUCAUUAAUUUUGGUGAAGAUAUAUCUUGAUAUUUACUGCUGUGCUCUUGCGCAAAAGCUUGAUGAAGAUUUUGAAAUUUUAGAAAAUAUUGAUAGAAUAAUUACUAAAUCAGAUAUAGGUGAUACUUUAAAGCUAUAUUGCAUUAAAAAAAUUUUACUAAUUAAAGGAUAUGAACUAAUUUCCCCUUUUAUGAGUAAGCAAAACUAUUUGAGAAUCAAGUUUUUUAGAUAAACUAUUUAAUAAAAUUUGAAUUCUUAAACAUAACUUUUUUAAAUUAAUUAUAUUUACUUUUCAAAAUUAUAAAAAAAUUAACUCUCCAUUAUCGAAUAAAAAUCUUGCUCGCUCUUACAGAGUUGAAGCAAGCAACUUUAUACUUGAGUAUCCCAAUCUCAAUUGAACUAGACGCAUAAAAGAGCUCGAAGAAGAAAAAAAGCCACAAAUCAAACUAAAUUUAGAUUCAUUUUUAGUGUUCCCUAGAAUUUCAGAAAUUUAUAAAAACAAUGUAAGACUCCUCAGAAACAUUUUGAAUAAAGCCGGCGACCAAAAUGAAAAUGAUAGAAUUCUAAUUGAAAUUCAAAGCCCUGAUCAAAAGCUUGCCUUAGGAAUUGCAUUUUUAAAUGAAAUAUUUUCAAUUUAUUCAAAGGAAAAAGAAAUGAAUAAAAAUAUUAUUAUAUGGUUAGGUCGCAAGGGGGAUGAGAUUCUUAAUAGUCUUGGCAAAGAAUUUUAUAAUAUAUUUGUCUGCUUCAUCAAUAAUUUCCCAAUUGGCUCUGAUUUAAGACUUGAAACAAAUACACCAGAUAUAGAAUUACAUAGAAUUUUAACAACAUUAGGAGUUUUUACAGUCGCAUUGUCAUAUAGUCAAUUGGAAAAUCCGAUUUCAUCUGUUUUCUUCAAUGAAAAUGGCUCUGUAGAUGGUUUAAUUGAAAGAUUUAAAAGCCAAUAUAUUUUUGCAGCAGAACCUAACCAAUUGCAUAAGUAUAUUCAAGAUAUUCACAAUAAUUUUGAUUCCUUUAUAACUAAUACUUGGAGUAAAAAAUAUGCAAAUGGCAGUACCUAUAAAUGCUCUAUUGACUGUGACUAUAUUUAUCCGGUAACAAGGUGUGGAGGUCCUACUCAACAAUCUUUGUGUCCUUUCUGCGGAAGAAAAAUAGGAGGGAGUCGCCAUAAGUUGGUAGAAAGAGAAGGACAUGUGAAUCUAUCUGAUAGAGAAGCGCGUGAAUUUGUUGAAAAAGCUGUUCUAAGACAUCGCAAAGAAGCUGAAACUGGUUUAAGCUUCUUUGGAACACUAAUAGGAGAAACAAGCUCAAUUCGAGGUCUAAAUCCAGCCAGCUAUCUUGCUGACUUCCCAUCCAUCAGCGAACAAAAGCACUGGAAAAUCUCUAUUGAUUUGCCCAAAACCCCAUUAGUAUAAUGAAAUCUCUGGCUUGUUCUACUUAAUCUAAAACAAUUUAAAAAAUAUUUGCGAAUUGGUAUUUCUUUAAAAAUUUUUUUGUUAGCUCGCAGGGGGAGUGAGCAUUUUGUUUUAUGCAGUAUCAUUUUUGUAUUACAUCAAUUAGGAUCAAUUAAUGAAAAAGAGCUUGAAACAUUAAUAAACUCUUCUCAUUUGCAUGAAUCCAGCAGUAAAUGCUUACUCACCCUUUGUAAACGGGGAAAAAUUUGAUUAAUAUAUAAUGAUAACGAUUAUAACAAAUCUUAGAUGAUUCUGUUGAAAUUUAAACAGCUUGCAUUCUAAAACCAUAAAUUUUGCAAACUAAAUGUCAAAUUUUGCGAAUUGGCAUAUUUUAAAUUUUUGAAAAAAACAAUUUAUAAAGGGUAAAAAUUUAAACACAAAAUUAUAGCCCAACCAAAAUAUAUUUUGAUUACUCACUAAGGGAGGAGGAGUUAAGAAGAUCAAUAAAAUCAGAUUAUGAAAAGCUACUAGAACUAACUCCCCCUUUAUGUUGGAAAAAAACCUGCUCCAAUUUAAAGUGUUUAUUGUUUUAAUAUUUAAAUUUGUCCUCUGUAAAAAAUAUUUUUAAAAUCUUAAAAAUGAUUUUAAUUUAUUUUAUAAAGAAUUAAUUUAAAAAAUCAAAUCAAUUCAGUGUGAAAACUGUUUAAAUAGAAUCCUACUUGCAGUUUUUUAAUUAAAUUAGGCUAAAAAAUUUUUUACAAAAACUAGUAUUUUCUUCCAUCUUUUAAUAUUUGUUAAAAUUCAUAAAUUGAGCACAAUAGUUUGAAUAUUUUUAAUUUAUUUUUAUGGAGAAUUAAAUAAAAAUUAAUCAAUUCAGUGUGAAAACUGCUUAAAUAGCAUUCUACUUGCAUUUUGUUCAAAAUAAUUUUAUAAAAAUUAAUAUUUUCAUCAUUUUGAUCCAAUUUAAAUGAGGGCUAAAUACCCAAAAAAUGCAAAUUUCACCGAUGCUUUGUUUUUAUUUAAAGGGGGAGUAAGUCACUCUGAUUCUGGCUAUUUAUGGGUAUAUAAAAUAUUAGCAAACCUAGACGAGCUGAUACUUGAAAAUAAUGUUGGCUCAAAAUCAUCUACGAUAAGGGAUGAAUUCGAAAAACGUUUCGAAAAUAAAUUGAUUAGUCCUAACUUAAACUCACAAAAUUCAAUCGCCGAUUACUCAAAUUAUCUUAAAAAGAACUUUGAAAUCGAGUAUUCUUUUAAAGAUUAUUUAUAUGAGUUUUUCAAUUUAACUGAAGAUAAAAACUAUCCUUAUAUAGAACUUUUCAGGAAUAAAGAAGAACCUUCACUCGAAAACAUGAAAAAUCGGUUUUUAUUAGGCCAGUCUCCAAACGAAUUUAGACUGAUUAAUGCAUUUUUAAAUAAUUCUGAUGAAAUUGGAAAAAUUGAAUCAUUAUACCCGAUUAUUGAAUUUACAAACAGCUUAUUUGAUAUAUAUAACCAUAAAAUCCUGCGUGCAGGCGCUUAUAAAAUUACUGUCGGAGAAGCAAUAAACUCAAAUCCAGAAAUACAGCCACUAUUUACUAAAUUUUUACUCCAUUAUGCAGCACAAGCAAUUCUAAAAUUAUUUAAAUCACAAUACUUUAUCUAUUUUAUAUAAAUUUUCAUAUUGGAUUUAAUAAAAAAAAAAUUAAUUGGAAGAGCUAGAAGCGUGAAAAUAUAAAGGAAUUAAAUAUCUCCAUUAUGGCUGCAAAGAAUUAAAGCCUAUAAAUGAAUUUACCAUUGACACUCCGCUCGCAUAUUUUCUUGUUGACAAUAAAGUAAUGGAUGGCGGAAUGUAUAUGGCUGCUGCUUUAAUUGAACUUGGAGAAAUUCAAAAUAAAUAUCUCUCACAAAUUAGAACAGUAAUUUCAAAUAACUUUAGAAAUAAAGAAACCCCACAAGGCGAAGAAGAAAAUCAUAAGGAGGUAGCAAAAUACCCUUUACAAAAGCUAAAAGAGCAAAAUAUAAUAUCGCUUAAUAUAGAUGAUACACAUCUUCUUGAAACAUGCUCACUGUGUAACCCUAUAUAUGGCAAAGGAAAAGAAAUUAUUUAUGACUUUGAAAGGAUGCAAAAAUUAAUAACUAAAAAGCUACUUUUAGCGAAACUCAUUGAUACAAGUAGACUUGAUUUAAUCCAAUAUCAGGGAGAGCUUAUAAAUAUAACCAGUGAAGAGUCAGGACUUUUAAUGGAAAUAAAAGAAAUAAUCCCACAAAAAUCAUUGGAGCAAGAGCAAUUGCAUCAUGUUGAAUUGUUUUUCAGUGAAUUAGAAAAAGAGGCAAAAAUGGAUUAUGCAAUAAAGCUUAAAGAUAUAUAUACAUCAUUUAAUCGUGUUCUUUGCUACCUUCGGUAUUCCAAAAGAGAAAAUAACUGCUCUGUUAUUGAUUUCUGCACAAAGCUAAACUCUUUAAGGAUUUCCACUUAUUUGAGAGAUAGGACAAGAAUAUCAGAAAUUAAGCUGGAAUAUGUCAUUUCUCUAUAUCAGAUUGUUGAAGCAAAAUAUUUCCCAUUUACAAAGGGUUUCAUAAAUCCAGAAUACAAAUUAACUGAAAAAGCUAAUAUAGUAGAAGAUUCUAUUAUAGAGCUUAUCAAAAAAGUUGAUAUUAAUCCUGACUUAUAUCCAAGUAGAUUACAAAUAGAAGAAGCACUAAUGAGGUUUAUUAUUAGAAAUUCAACAGCAAAUUUGAAUCCUGAGGAUAAGCUAAACACAUAUAUUGUGAGAUAUGAUUUUUGGGACCUUAAUGUUGACCAAGGGAAAAUUGAUAGUCUAGGUGAAAUUUUCCCAAUUUCAAUUGAGAUUUCCCAUUCAUUAAACGCAUAUGAAUUUUUCUAUGCAAAAAAUCAUAAUAUAAAUUCUCGUAAAGCUGAGGUUUUGCAUCAAGAGCCUAGUGCUGUCAAAAAGAAAGUAUCAAAACCGCAGAAAAAUUGGAAGAAAGGAAGAGAUUAA